AUGGCCUACUAUCUACUUUAUUGUCUAACUUUGUCCGUCGUGGUGUGCGGCACUGCGCUCUACCUCACCCGGGCUCGAUGGUUGCCUCUGGUCCCGGUGCCCGAGUAUAUCUAUCAUCGCCUUCCUGCCAGUUUUGCCGGCGACCUGGAGGCUGGCCUCUCAUCGUCACAGUUCGAUCUCUCCGCUAAUGUCGCCGCCGGCGAUUCCCGAGCGGGUCUCGAUCAGAAUGCGAAGCGGGAAGUGAGGAAUAUCAUGAAGCGUCAAAACGUCAAUUUCGAUGAAGCUCGGCGACUCUAUACGGAACAGCGAUUCGCCAAAAACAAUAUAGGCCCUGAUGGCCGGCCUAGAGACCCCAAGUUCGUGUCUUUUUCUUGA